AUGGACUUAGCAAGUCAGGCUCAUGUGCUGGUGGUCUUGCUCACCGGUGUGGUCUUGCUAUGCUGGGCCCAGGAGAGGGACUAUACAGUGAAGGAGGAGCAGCCAGAGAACGUCCGCAUCGGCAACCUGCGGAAGGACCUGGACCUCAACCUAGACCCCAACAUCAGGCUUUCCUCGCCGCUGCAGUUCAAGCCUGUGUAUAAGACAGGCGACGUGCCUUUGGUGAGAGUGGAGGCCAACACGGGGGAGAUCUUUACCACCAAUCACAGAAUCGACCGGGAGAAGCUGUGCUCAGGGGUCUUCGCUGAGAAACGUUGCUACUAUGAGAUCGAGGUGGCCGUGCUGCCUGACGAGAUCUUCCGACUGGUCAAGAUCCGCUUCCUGAUCGAGGACGUGAAUGACAACGCCCCUCUUUUCCAGUCCACUGUAAUAAACAUCUCCAUCCCGGAGAACACGGCAAUCAACACCCGAUACCCGGUGCCCUCAGCAUUUGACCCUGAUGUAGGGAUCAAUGGGAUCCAACAUUAUGAACUGGUCAAGAGUGUCAGCGAGUUUGGCUUAGACAUCAUUGAGACUCCCGAAGGUGACAAGUGGCCACAGCUUAUCGUUCAGCAGAACCUGGAUCGCGAGCAGAAGGACACCUUCGUCAUGAAGAUAAAGGUGGAAGAUGGUGGCAACCCUCCCAAGUCCAGCACUGCCAUUCUGCAAGUCACCAUCUCUGAUGUCAAUGACAAUCGUCCCAUCUUCAAGGACAGUGAGCUGGAGGUCACCGUGCCAGAGAACGCCCCCAUGGGGACAUCGGUUGCUCAGCUUCACGCCACGGACGCCGACCUGGGAUCCAACGCACAGAUCCACUUUGCCUUCAGCAACCAGAUCUCUGCCUCGACCAAACGUCACUUUGCCAUUGACAGCUCUACAGGAAUGAUCACUGUGAAGCAGCCACUGGACAGGGAAGUAACACCUGUUCAUAAACUCAUCGUCCUGGCCAGCGACGGCAGCUCCACCCCUUCCAGAGCAACAGUGAUUGUUAAUGUAACAGACGUUAAUGACAAUGUUCCCUCCAUAGACACUCGCUACAUUAUCAACCUGGUUAAUGGGACUGUUCUGCUGUCUGAGAAUGCGCCCCUCAACACCAAAAUAGCCCUAAUUACUGUUACUGACAAGGAUGCAGAUCUUUAUGGCAAAGUAGCUUGCUACACUGACCAUGAUGUUCCUUUCCGGUUGAAGCCUGUCUUUAAUGAUCAGUUCUUACUAGAGACAGCCGCCCCCCUAGAUUAUGAGACGACUCGAGAAUAUGCAAUUAAGAUAGUGGCCUCGGAUAGGGGGACGCCUCCUUUGAACACUUCAGCUAUGGUUUUAAUUAAAAUCAAGGAUGAGAACGACAAUGCACCCAUCUUCCCCCAGCCGGAAAUCCAACUUUCCAUACCGGAGAACAAUGACCCCUCUACACAGUUAAUAAAAAUCAGUGCCACUGACGCAGACAGCGGACAUAAUGCUGAGAUUAUUUAUACUCUUGGCCCUGAUGCACCUGAUGGGUUUAACAUAGACAGACGGUCAGGAAUCCUCUCUGUUGGCAAACGACUGGACAGAGAGAAGCAGGAGAGGUACUCAUUCACUGUCAUAGCGAGGGACAACGGCUCCACAUCCCUACAGAGCAAUGUCACCGUCAGGCUAAUCGUCCAGGACCUUAAUGACAACAGCCCAGCUUUCACACACCCUGAGUACAACUUCUAUGUGCCUGAGAACCUGCCUCUCUACGGAACUGUGGGCUUAAUCACAGUGACGGACGCAGAUGCGGGAGAUAAUGCUGUUAUAACGCUGUCCAUUUUGAACGGGAAAGAUAAUUUCAUCAUUGACCCUCAAACUGGGGUGAUCAAACCCAAUAUCACAUUUGAUAGGGAGCAGCAAAGCUCCUACACAUUUAUGGUCAAGGCAGUCGACGGAGGGCAACCCCCAAGCUCCUCCUAUGCCAAGGUCACUAUCAAUGUAGUCGACGUAAAUGACAAUCGCCCCGUGUUCGUCAUCCCCUCCUCCAAUUACUCAUAUGACCUAGUGCGAACCACCACCACCCCUGGCGCUGUGGUCACCAGAGUGUUUGCCAUUGACAAUGACACAGGUAUGAAUGCUGAGCUGCAGUACAGUAUAAUCAGCAGCAUCAUCAUCACAUCUAGGGUCUCCCCUCGAGGUCUCUUUUCCAUCGACAAAACAACGGGUAACAUAACCCUGCAGGAGAAGAUAGUGGCAGCUGAUCAGGGGCUGCAUAGGCUUGUAGUAAAGGUCAAAGAUCUAGGCCAGCCUGAGUCAUUACAUGCUAUAGCACUGAUUCACUUGUUUGUCAAUGACACUGUGUCAAAUGCUACUUUUAUCCAAGAGCAGCUGCGAAAAAGCAUGGAGACACCCCUGGACCGUAACAUAGGGGACAGUGAGGUAACACCUCAAGCCAACGGAUAUGUGAUUGUUGUCAUAGCUAUCAUAGCAGGGACCAUGACUGUCAUCUUGGUGAUAUUUGUGACCGCCUUGGUGCGCUGCCGGCAGACACCCAGACACAAAGUGGUGCAAAAGGGCAAGCAGAGUGGCGAGUGGGUGUCACCCAACCAAGAGAACCGUCAGAUCAAGAAAAAGAAGAAGAGGAAGAAGCGAUCCCCCAAGAGCCUCCUCCUGAACUUUGUGACCAUAGAUGAAUCUAAGCCUGACGACCCCACCCAUGAGCAUGUUAAUGGCACACUGGAUCUCCCUGUGGAGCUAGAGGAGCAAACCAUGGGGAAGUACAACUGGGCCACCACGCCCACCACCUUCAAACCCGAUAGCCCAGACUUAGCCAAGCAUUACAAGUCCGCGUCCCCUCAACCUACAUUUCAAAUCAAACCGGAGACCCCAGUGGCCCCAAAGAAACACCAUGUGAUCCAGGAGCUCCCCUUGGACAACACGUUCGUGGUGGGCUGUGACUCACUCUCCAAGUGCUCAUCGACUAGCUCCGACCCAUACAGUGUCUCAGAGUGCAGCUGUCAGGGGGGAUUCAAGACUGCAGGGCAAAUCACCACCCGACAGAAUCUGAGCCAGACACCGGAGAAGUCUUUUAACUCGCCGCCCCCCAUUUGUCCUCAUAAGCAGACCCAGCGCCGUGUGACAUUCCAUCUUCCAGACGGUUCCCAGGAGAGUUGCAGUGAUAGCGGGCUGGGAGACCCGGAGCCUAGCAGCACGGCCAGCACCACCCAGCCUCUUCCCCUCAGCUUCCCCCAGGAGGAGUACUAUGAGCAAACAUCACCCAACAGCCGUACCGAGGGAGACGGAAACUCAGACCCGGAAUCCACCAUCGAGGUGAACCUGCAGAAAGCCUUGGCCGAGGCCUCUGAGACCUGCACCCAGGAGUGUCUGAUACUGGGCCACUCCGACAGCUGCUGGAUGCCCCCAGCCCUGGCCCAGUUCCAGAGUCCUGGCAGCAACAGCCCCACCUCCACCCCUACCGCCACCGCCAUCACCGGUACCCUCCCCACCUUUGGCUUCCAGCAGAGCUGUGCCCGAGGAGCCAAAGCUAACAUGGGCAGCAUGGGGGUCAUGGAUGGCCGCCAUACCCUGGGCAGGUCUGUGCCCAAAAAGGAUGAACUGGACAAAGGGAUCAACCGACCACAGUUCUACAACACCCUGGAUAGACACUGCGGUAGUAAGAAGGAGGACCCCGUCAAGGUCAUCCCUCUGGCGAGCUUUUCCUCUCCCAUGCAGCAGACGCCCACCAGCGUGGGCAGCAGCUCUUUCUUACAUGAGCACCAGUUGUAA